UUUUCAUUCUAUCUGAAUCUUUUCCCUUUCAUCUCUCUCUCUCUCUCUCUCUCUCUCUCUCUCUCUCUCUCUCUCUCUCUCUCUCUCUCUGGUUUUUGGACAACUCUGAGAACCGUUGGAUUCUAAUCAAACGGUCAAUAGCUGUUGUGAACAACAAGGUGAAACAAAAAAUGGAUUCAGAUAGUACUGUGUCUUCUUUGAUCAUGAUGGAUGAAGAUUUGCAUUCACAUCAGUUUUCUUCUUCAACUUCUAAGCUACAUACCAAUGGUACUCCUACUUCUACUAGUGUUCAUGAGCUUCUUGAAUGUCCUGUUUGUACCAAUUCAAUGUACCCUCCAAUUCACCAGUGUCACAAUGGGCAUACCCUAUGUUCAACUUGUAAGACAAGGGUACACAACAGGUGCCCGACUUGUAGACAGGAGCUCGGCGAUAUUCGGUGUUUAGCGUUGGAGAAGAUAGCGGAAUCACUUGAGCUUCCUUGCAGAUACACCUCUGUUGGGUGUCCGGAGAUAUUUCCGUAUUACAGCAAACUCAAACACGAGUCUGUUUGUAACUUCAGACCUUACAACUGUCCUUAUGCCGGAUCAGACUGUUCUAAUGUUGGGGAUAUUUCGCAACUUGUUGCUCAUUUAAGGGAUGAUCAUAGAGUUGAUAUGCAUUCUGGGUGCACCUUUAAUCAUCGUUAUGUUAAGUCGAAUCCCAUGGAAGUGGAAAAUGCUACAUGGAUGUUAACAGUCUUCCACUGUUUUGGACAAUAUUUCUGUCUCCAUUUCGAAGCCUUUCAACUCGGAAUGGCCCCAGUUUACAUGGCAUUCCUUCGUUUCAUGGGCGACGAAAGAGACGCCAGAAGCUACAGCUACAGUCUCGAGGUAGGCGGAAGCGGCCGCAAACUAAUCUACGAGGGAAGUCCAAGGAGCAUUAGAGAUAGCCACAAGAAAGUUAGAGACAGUCAUGAUGGCCUCAUCGUAUACCGAAACAUGGCACUUUUCUUCUCUGGCGGCGAUAGGAAAGAGUUGAAGUUAAGAGUUACCGGACGGAUUUGGAAAGAACAGCAAAACCCUGAAGGUGGAGUCUGCAUACCCAACUUGUGUAACUAGAUUGUUUGCAUAUUUUCCCUCUAGAUAUAAGUUAUGUAGGGGUGAUUAAUGUUGUUGCAAGUUGUUGAUAAUUUUGGAAAGUUAUUGCAUUACACCUUAAUGAAUGGUGAUGUUGGUUUCAAGUUUCAACUUACAAAAUAACAAGUUUCUUUCCCUUUUUUAACCAA